GGAAACCGGAGUGAACCGAGAGCUUAGUGACCAACAUGAGCCUCCUCAACAAGCCCAAGAGUGAGAUGACCCCGGAGGAGCUGCAGAAGCGAGAGGAGGAGGAAUUUAAUACGGGUCCACUCUCUGUGCUCACUCAGUCCGUCAAAGACAACACCCAAGUGCUUAUCAACUGCCGCAACAAUAAGAAACUCCUGGGCCGCGUGAAGGCCUUCGAUAGGCACUGCAACAUGGUGCUGGAGAACGUGAAGGAGAUGUGGACUGAGGUACCCAAGAGCGGCAAGGGCAAGAAGAAGUCUAAGCCAGUCAACAAAGACCGCUAUAUCUCCAAGAUGUUCCUGCGCGGGGACUCAGUCAUUGUGGUCCUGCGGAACCCGCUCAUCGCCGGCAAGUAGGAGCCACCUAUCCCUGUCAGGCAACAGAACUCACUCCCCAGUCCUACAGAGACCGCUGCCGCUGGUGUUGAGAACAAUAAAGCUCUGUGUUUUUUUUUCUAAAAAAAAAAAAAAAAAAAAAAAAAAAAGAAAA